ACUAUUGCUAGCAGAGACUGGCAGUAAUAUUUGUCGGUUUCAAAAGUGUCGAUUAUAAGUCUAUCAGUAAAAUUAGAUUUUUUUCAAAAUCGAUUAUAUCUAUUGCCUUAUGUGUUAUAAAUUUUUUGUGAUGUUAGUUCAAAAGUCGCCAUUUUGCUAAGUAUGUGAAGAGUGCGUAAAUGCAGACACAACUUUUUAUUUUAUGUAAAAUUGGAAAAUUUGUGGGUCGUCGACAUUAUAAGUUGAUCGUGAGUGAACGUUGAUAUUGAACACUGAAAAGGGGGGUAAAUAAGUGCAAAGUGUGUUUCUUAAUGGAGUAACACUAGUGAUUGUCAAUUUAUAUAUAUAAACACAUUUUUAAAAGGGCAAUUCCCUUAAGCAUCCCCACCGACACUGAAAAUGGAUGAAGUCGGAUGAUAAUCCCGCCUACUUCCCAUAUAACGGUUCUGUUUAAAACUACUAAAAGCAUGAUAAAUCAAUAAAUAAAUACGCAGAGACAUUAAAUUGUACACUUAUGAUGGUACGAGAGGACUUUACAGGAGCCGGGGUCCAAAUCAAAAUCAUGCGUGGCAUCACCCUCAUCUAGGUGAAAACCCAUUUCUCAGGACCCACUGGACCGAUAUCGACAAAAUUUGGUAUACUAGCUACCUUAAGGAAUUAUCUUUGGCAAAAACAUUGCUUAAUAUGUUGAAGAGAAAAGAAAAUAACUAAAAAGAAUACCAAGAUUACGUAAAUUGUGUCACCUGGAAGUAUCUUCCUUUGCAACUGAAAAUUAUACACAUUUGGCUUUGGAAAAUCCCUUAAAUAUAUUUUUAAGAAAAUUCGUAAAAACUUAUGUUUUGAUAUCUACAAAAUUGCAAAAAUAAAUACGUGUUUGGCUUUCGUCAGUUAUCACAUUUUCCAAAAUGGGAAAUAACGCUACUACAUCUAAUAAAAAAGUAGAUGCUGCAGAGACAGUUAAAGAGUUUCUUGAACAAGCAAAAGAAGAAUUUGAAGAUAAAUGGCGCCGAAAUCCAACAAAUACUGCGUGCUUGGAUGAUUUUGAACGCAUUAAGACGUUGGGCACUGGGUCCUUUGGACGUGUGAUGAUUGUUCAACACAAACCGACAAAAGAUUAUUACGCUAUGAAAAUUCUUGACAAGCAAAAGGUUGUUAAACUUAAACAAGUUGAGCAUACUUUGAAUGAAAAGCGCAUACUUCAGGCUAUUCAGUUUCCGUUCCUAGUUUCUCUUCGAUAUCAUUUCAAGGAUAAUUCCAAUUUGUACAUGGUUUUAGAAUAUGUCCCUGGCGGAGAAAUGUUUUCGCAUUUACGUAAAGUAGGUCGUUUUUCAGAAGUCCAUUCACGUUUUUACGCUGCUCAGAUCGUGCUGGCUUUUGAAUACCUUCACUAUCUUGAUUUAAUUUAUAGAGAUUUGAAACCGGAAAAUUUAUUGAUUGACUCACAAGGCUAUCUGAAAGUUACUGAUUUUGGUUUCGCUAAGCGCGUAAAAGGGCGCACAUGGACACUAUGUGGUACUCCUGAAUACCUUGCUCCGGAGAUUAUAUUGUCUAAAGGUUAUAACAAAGCAGUUGAUUGGUGGGCUCUCGGAGUACUUGUAUAUGAAAUGGCAGCGGGCUAUCCGCCAUUUUUUGCCGACCAACCUAUUCAAAUAUAUGAAAAAAUCGUAUCAGGAAAAGUACGUUUUCCCUCGCAUUUUGGCUCUGACUUGAAAGACUUAUUACGUAAUUUAUUACAAGUCGACCUGACAAAGCGUUACGGUAAUUUGAAAGCAGGCGUAAAUGAUAUUAAAAACCAAAAGUGGUUUGCCUCAACAGACUGGAUAGCAAUCUUUCAAAAAAAAAUUGAAGCACCAUUUAUUCCUCGGUGUAAAGGACCUGGUGAUACUAGUAAUUUUGACGACUACGAAGAAGAGGCACUGCGGAUUUCUAGCACAGAAAAAUGUGCCAAGGAGUUUGCUGAAUUCUAAUUGUGUUAUGUAAUUUUUUUCAUGCUAUUGCGGAGUAGCAGAAUCGCGAGCAUUAUUAACAAUAUAAACGUAAACAAUGUACUUUAUAGUUACACCCGAUAUAUUUUACCUUGGAUAUCGGGAAAUUUAAUGGUCUCCUGAAAUCUACCUACAAAUAAUUAUUUUUAAACUAAUAAUUUAAAUCAAGAUUGUUAAAAGUGAGAGUACUUUAAAAUGAAGCAGUGCUUCUUAUUUGAAAAUUGCAAUAAAAAAUAUUAAAAGACAAAUUUCAAGCGAUUUCCUAUAAAUUUUUUGUCGUGCCGUAAAAUCGAAUCGUAACAACGGGAGCAUCAUAAAACUUAAAUAAAUUGAAUGUUGUUGAAACAUAAUAUACGCUCAUAAAUAUCUAUUUCGUUGCUGUAAUCUAUCCUUAAUAGCUAACAACAUAACAAGCAUGAGAAAUUUGGACCCGUAUGAACAUACUUGGAUUCAUCAACAAAAUGAUAUACCCACAAAUUGUAAACCCACAGUAUCAAAUAUAGGAAUAUCAUUUCAUAGGAAGCAGCACUGUGAUGCCGCUACAAUUAUAAUAUGAAGUAUUCGCGUGCUUUUGAACACUGGAGGACGAAACAAAAAAAUUUAAAUGUAUAAGGAAAAAUGUGUUGCAAUUAAAGUUUAUCAUAAGUAAAAAAAAAUAAUAUCCAUUAUUAUUAUCCAUUAUACAUUGAGAAUUCAAAACUAAUAUGUGACGAAUCAUAUACAUACACAUCUAAUAAAAGAAAUUAAUAAAACGUAAGUUAAUUAAUUCAUUAAAAA